UCAGGGGGGAAGGGAUGUAGCUAGGGCACUAAUUGAUGGCUUGACAUUUACAGUUGCCACAGAAAAGUUAAUGUACGUUUGUUUCAGAUGUUCGAAGCUCCUCUUCUCUUUGACCCGUUUAGUCUGUUUUGAAAGGUCAGAGCCACUCCCAUGCAGGUUCAGGAGCAAGUCUGUGUUCCGGUGCUGAUGUUUCAGAUCUGGACAUCAGAUUAGGAUGGAUAGGAAGAGAGAGCCAGAUAAGGUUUUAGGGCCUUUAUCCACAGUGUAAAAGUUGUGCUUAAUCAAAGACACAACAAUGCUUCUUCUUGAGGUGAUCUGCAGUCUGAUUGGCUGGGUGGCACUAUACUGUGUCUUCUGCUGUCUGGCCAACCAAAGAGGAAAGGAGUGGAACUGCAGACUGGUGACGCUGUUUCAUGGGAUACUCAUUGUGGGCAUGACAGCAUACAUAGGUUUCAUAGAUGGGCCCUGGCCCCUUACUCACCCAGGCACGGAGAACACACCUCUCCAGAUCAAGGCAAUGGUGCUCAGCCUGGGCUACUUCCUCUUCGACAUGGGCUGGUGCAUGUGCCACCGUUCUGAGGGCCCCAUCAUGCUGGCUCACCACACAAUGAGCAUCCUGGGUAUCCUGCUGGCACUGGGCCUGGGAGAGUCUGGAAUUGAGACAUGCGCCGUCAUCUUCGGCAGUGAAAUUACAAACCCACUUCUCCAAGCCCGCUGGUUCCUCAGACAGAUUGGGCGCUACAACAGCCUGCUGGGGGAUGUGGUCGACUUGCUCUUCAUCUUGCUGUUUGCCUUUGUGCGUGUUGGUGUGGGCACCAUGAUGCUCUACUGUGAACUCACCUCCCCCAGACCCAGUUUAAUAAUGAAAGGGGGGGGUCUGGCUAUGUACAUAUUAGCUUGGGUCUUCAUGGUGGACAUAGCGAGAUUUGCCUGCAAGAAAAGUCGGGCCAAGUAUAAAAAAUGGCAAGAGAGGCACAAGAUGGUCGAGCAGAAUGGGCAAGAUAUGUAUAGACAUACCGGAAAGACAGAUUAAAGACAGAAUCUGGAGAUGGUAUUGGGCUCCCAUUGUCUAUACGUUUAGACAUAGAACUUUGAUGCUCCUUUAAACAUACCAUAUGAAUUGGAACUCAUGAAAUGUACAAGUCUCAUUUUGGGAAUUUUGCACCAUUUAAAUUCUUAAGCACCUUCAGGAACCCACUGCUCUGGGCCAUACUGUAGAUGUAGUUCUGAGGAGGAUUGACUGCAACCCCUAUUGCUAAUGCUGCACCUAAAGGAGAGUUCUAUUUCUCAUGAAUUCAAAGGAAGGAAGAUAGACUACCUCAAGGACAUAUGUAAUGAAUACAUCCUUUUUGUUAUUAUUUCUUCAUUUACCUUGUGUGCAUGAUCUCUGCCUCAAUGUUAGGCUACAUUUAGCUUUGUUUAGUAACCAGUUAACAA